AAAUCGACAGUAGAUCAGUAUCUCCAGGAAAGGUCAGGUUUAAUUCUGUACAGUAGGCUAAAAACGCUCCUACACCCACCCACCCACAUUUUGUAAAGAAGAAGGUGAGGUUAAAAACCUUAUAUUCCAUUUCUCAGGUAAGGAAGUAAGUUGUGAGGUGAUGUUUACAAAAACAAGGGAGAACAGAUUCUGGAGCUCCUCGGAAGAAAUGAUGGUGAGGAAAGUGAAGUGAGCAGCACGUAAGGUCUGAAGGUAGACCCAAGAAUUUGGACUUAAGUUUUGAAAGUCAGUACGGCAAUUGGACAGAAUUUAAGUAUCUUAAAAGAGGAGAUUUGAAGUGGUCACUAUUCUCUCCUUUGCAGAAAAUAGAAACACUUGAUAAUGGAAAUUAGUGUUGAAUUUAAUCCUCUUGAGAGAAUGCCUCUGAGAGAUUGGCCCACACCGUUGCUAGCCUGUUUCUCCAGCUUAUCCUGGGGAAAGCUUGCCACCACCAAGCCUUGCCCGAGCCUCAGAAUUUCUAAAAAUGCAGCCUGAAAUCAACCAGAAUGCAAAUACAAUUCUCGAUGCACUAAGGGUCCUACUCACUCCUCCGCCACAGCCUCUUUAUUUCAUUUGGGUCAUUUGGAGAUAAAGAAGGGCUAUGUUUUAAUUUGGAGUAGGGGGAAAAUAAAGUUAGAAGUGUUAGAGCAGACUAACCACUAAUCCCACUAGCACUAAUCACAGGUAGCCUCUGAGACAAGGCCUCUGAAUUUGAGCUUCACUCUGAAGAAUUUGCUCAAAGUGCCACAGUGUCUUAGGUGAUUGGGGUGCAGGAGGAAUUGUUUAUUCUUCCACAAGCAGACCCAGCAGGGAUUCUGGGAGUGGGAGCAACUGUGUUGUCCUCAUCCAUUCACCCCCCUUUCCACCCCUGGAUCCUUGGCCUGCUGUGGUCCUCUGGACCCAAAGUUUUCCUGUUCUGUGACCUGCUGAGCACUUAAGACCAAACUGCCUCCUAACCUGGGAAAAAGUGCUUUGUUGAGCUUCCAGAUAUACUGUUUUCUUUCAGUUCAAAAAAAACCAGUGUACAUUAAGCUGGGCAAACGAGUCCUAAGCUGCUGAGGGAUGACUCAUUUCCUGUGUGCAGAUGCCCACAGGUUCUGUCAGGGACAUGGUCCUGCAACCCAGUUUGCCUCCCCUUCCGGCCUUUAUGUGGACCCUGAGCCCCAUUCCACUUUACCGAUGCCACAAGGAGCAAAGGGUGACUCGGUGACCAAAUGAAACCCUCUUUGUUAACAACUGGAGCGCGCUGAUGGCGGUAUUUUGUGCACUGUCUGUGUGGUAUUGCUUGCUGUGGGCAGAGCUAAGACAACACUUCCGAUUCCUGACCAGUUGUCUCGGACACUGCUGAUGCCAGUGUUCUUUUCUCCCAGGGUCCUUUUUAGAGUCAUUAUGUCCUCACACUGUGAUUUUACACCGUACAGAGCAUGUCCACACGGCCUCAUUUGAGCCGAACAGCAAAGCUGUGAAGUAAGCUGGGUGGUUAUGGUCACCGUUUUUCAGCUCAGGAAGCAGGUGCAGAGGCAGCGUUACAGUGUAAUCCUGAGGUUGCUGUUUACUUCCCUCCCCUGAGCCUCAGUUUCCUCAUCUUUAAAAUAAGAUUGGAAGACUAGAUGGUCUCAAAGUGUCUCUUCAGCUGAGUGUAUGACUUUAUCCAUGACCCUGGCACAGGACGUGAGGGCCAGUGGUGGAUACCCAAGACCGUAAUGGAUGGGAAGGUGGGAAACUCUGCUAGUGUGAGGAAUGCCUCUCCUUCAGGACAGGUUUCCUCCAGGAGGCGCACGGGUGGUGGUAGCAAGUGGGAGCCACGGACGCACUGUCUAGAUGCGGCCGGAGAUUCCGUGGCUUGGUUAUGGGGAGUGGCCCCACCGUACCCAACAUGGCAGCUCCUAUCUGAAGAAACCCCGACGCCCACUUCCGGGUUCCGUACCGCUGGCCAGGCUACUUCCGGCAGCGCGAUGGCUGGGUUCCCGGGACUCGAACGGAAGUUCCGGCGGGGGCGGUAGAGGGGGAAGAGUGAGUGUCUGUGCGGGAGAGAGAGGAGAAUCGCCCGAGAGGUCUCGAAACCCCCAGGAGUGGAGGAUUCUCUCCCCUUCCUGGCCUUGCUCUUGACCGCUGCCCCGAAUGUGCACAGGCCCCAGCCGUGGAGCCCUGCAGUGUAUGUGUGGUAACACCAUGUCUGUGCCCCUGCUCACCGAUGCUGCCACUGUGUCUGGAGCUGAGCGGGAAACAGCUGCGGUUAUUUUUUUACAUGGCCUUGGAGACACAGGGCACAGCUGGGCUGACGCCCUCUCCACUAUCCGGCUCCCUCACGUCAAGUACAUCUGUCCCCAUGCGCCUCGGAUCCCUGUGACACUCAACAUGAAGAUGGUGAUGCCCUCCUGGUUUGACCUGAUGGGGCUGAGUCCAGAUGCCCCAGAGGACGAGGCUGGCAUUAAGAAGGCAGCAGAGAACAUCAAGGCCUUGAUUGAGCAUGAGAUGAAGAAUGGGAUCCCUGCCAAUCGGAUCGUCCUGGGAGGCUUUUCACAGGGUGGAGCCCUGUCCCUCUACACAGCCCUCACCUGCCCCCACCCUCUGGCUGGCAUUGUGGCAUUGAGCUGUUGGCUGCCUCUGCACCGGGCCUUCCCCCAGGCAGCCAACGGCAGUGCCAAGGACCUGACCAUCCUUCAGUGUCACGGGGAGCUGGACCCCAUGGUUCCUGUACGGUUUGGGGCCCUGACAGCCGAGAAGCUCCGGUCUGUUGUUACACCUGCCAGGGUCCAGUUCAAGACUUAUCCCGGUGUCAUGCACAGCUCCUGUCCUCAGGAGAUGGCAGCUGUGAAGGAGUUUCUUGAGAAGCUGCUGCCUCCUGUGUAACUACAGUUCCUGGCCCCCAGCGCGGUCCCCCAGCUCAUGGGGGACUUGGCACGCGCGGCACCAUCUUGGAUCUGAGCCGGUCGAGCCCCUUUCUCACCCUCCUGGACCCUUCCUCUUCCCACAGGCCUCUGGGGCAGGCAGGCCAAGGCCUGGCCGGGCCUCCCUUCCUGGCUUCAGCCACCUGGCUGUCUGCCGCAGGGGGUGGGCUGCUUUCUUAUCCCAUUUCCCUGGAGGGGGGGCCCCCCUGGCAGCAGUAUUGGAGGGGCUGUAGGCAGCGGGAGAAAGGGGCCCAGCCGCUGACCCACUCACUCAGGACCUCACUCACUAGCCCCACUUUGGGCCCCUCCUGUGACCUCAGGGUUUGGCCCCUGGGGCCCUCCCAGGCCCCACCUCCCACCCUCUCCCGCCAGCUGAUUCUGCCCAGAUAAUCGUGUCUCUCCUGCCUCCACUCCAGCUGCUUCUCAAUCAUGAAUGUGUCCGUGGCCCGGGCCCCCUUGCUGCUGUGGGCUCCCUGCCCCUGCGCAGGAGUGUGGGUGACGGGGCGGAGUCCUUCGAGGGGGCCUCCCCUCAGCCAUUCUGACUUGGGGGCUGGGCCCUGCCUCCCCAUUACCCUCUGCCCCCGCGGGCCUGGAGCCUGCAGGGCUGGACUGAGGCUCAAGGUCUCCCCCAGCUGCCUCACCCCACGUUGUCCCCACUCUAGGGCCGGGGGGAGGUGGGGAGGAGUCAUGUCUCGUCUUCUGUCUCCAUGUAGUUUUGGGUGUUUUUCUUGUUGUGUCUGGAUUCCGAUAAAAUUAAAGAAAUUGCUUCAACUCUUAG